GCCUAAAGCAAACUGCUUUGGCUGCUUCCCCCUCCGGCCGCCCCUGGUCAAUCUGAGUACGCUGCCAUUAAUAAUAAUAUCUUUGUUUGUCGGAAAUGUAUCAGAGCUUUUAUUCACCCUUUUUUCCAAUAGUAAUAGCGUUAUUAAAGAAGAUGUCAUCGUCACCUUUCAGUAUUUCUUCUUUUCUGCUGGUCACCUUCAGCUUUGCCUUAAUUUGCGAAACCGUUGAAGCACAAACAAACGGUCGCAUUUUUCCUCAAGAAGAAAAGAACGCUCUUAAAGAAAUAGCAGACCAGUUGGGAAAAAAGGACUGGAAUUUUGAUCUGAAUCCUUGUGAUGGCAACACAAAUUGGACUACACCAAUAAGUGACGAUAAGCCUCUGUAUGUCAACAAUGUAACCUGCAACUGCUCUACCCCUGAUGGUUUCUGUCAUGUACAAAGCAUAAUACUCCGAGGACAAGAUCUCCCAGGUGUUCUCCCUCCCUCCCUGGUGAAGUUACCUUAUCUCAAGCAAAUUGAUCUCUCACUCAACUAUUUGAGUGGUACUAUUCCCCCCAAAUGGGCAUCUAUCAAACUGGAAUAUAUGACUUUUAUGUUGAAUCAACUUUCUGGGCCAAUUCCAAAAUACUUGGGAAACAUGACUACACUACUUUCUAUGAAUUUGGAAAGUAACUUGUUUAAUGGAAAUGUUCCAAAAGAACUCGGAAACAUGGUUAAUCUGCAGAAUCUCUAUCUUGGUUUUAAUAAUCUCAUAGGUAAGUUUCCGGUGGAACUCAAUAAACUCACAAAUUUGAUAGAACUUAGGUUGAGUGGUAACAACUUCACCGGAAAACUUCCUAGCUUUGAGAGUUUGAAAAACCUUCAGAAAUUAGAGAUUCAAGCUUCUGGUUUUGAAGGACCUGUAUCUCCAAAUAUUUCUGUCUUGGCUCAAAUGAACGACUUAAGAAUCAGCGACUUGACUGGAAGUGCUUCAGAAUUUCCACCGCUUGAGAACAUGACAGGCCUAAUAAGAUUGAUAUUGAGGAACUGCAAUAUAUCUGGGAAGAUUCCUUCUUACAUAGCUAAUAUGUCUCAAUUGAAAGUUCUAGAUCUAAGCUUCAACAGGCUUGAAGGACAGGUCCCGAAUCUGGAGGGCCUGGAUAAGCUGGAGUUCUUGUACUUGACAAGCAAUAGACUUACUGGGCCAAUUCAUAAUUGGAUCAAGAGUCGAAAUUCCAGAUACGUGACAGACCUGUCUUACAACAACUUCAAUGAGAACUCUGCGCCACCUACUUGUCGGGAAACCCUAAACUUGUUCAGAAGCUAUAACUCAACAAAAAAGUCAGAACUUGGAAAAUGUUUGUCAAGUUGUUCAAAGAAUUGGUAUUCGGUGCACAUAAAUUGUGGUGGAAAGAGUGUGACUAUUGGGGAUACCACUUACGAAGAAGAUGAAUAUUCAGCAGGUGCCGCAAAAUUCUUUUACUUGAAAAAGAGUUGGGGAGCCAGCAAUACAGGAUAUUUCUCUGAACAUCUCAUGGAAAUGAAUUACAAAGUGACUAAUGUAUCUGCCAUUAAGGGAGAUGAAUCUGAACUCUACACAACAGCUCGGCUCUCAGCUUUAUCUCUAACUUACUAUGGACGUUGUUUAGCAAAUGGUAACUACACCGUGAAACUGCACUUUGCAGAGAUUGUUAUAAGAGAUAACCGAUCUUUCCAGAGUCUUGGGAAACGGAUGUUUGAUGUCUAUAUUCAGGGUGAGAGGAAGCUUGAAGAUUUUAAUAUUAAAGCUGCUGCUGAAGGAGUUGAUAAAGCUUUGACAAGAAAGUUCAAUGUAGUUGUAGAAGACGGCAUUCUAGAAGUGCGAUUUCAGUAUGCUGGCAAAGGAAGAUCAGCUCUCUAUAGCAGAGAAAGCUAUGGCCCUUUAAUUUCUGCCAUCUCUUUUGAAGCUAAUUUCAAGCCCUCUUCAAAUCACAAAAAGGUGGUUCACAUCAUUGCUGGAGCACUGGCGUCCUCACUAAUUCUCAUUUUGACAAUACUAUUUGUUGCUUGGAGGAGAAGCAGAAACAGGAUAUCAAAGGAAGAAGAAUUAAGAGGACUAGAUCUACUCACUGGUGUCUUUACCAUCAGACAAAUCAAAGCUGCCACAAACAACUUUGAUGCUGCAAAUAAAAUUGGGGAAGGUGGUUUUGGCUCUGUCUACAAGGGUACACUACUAGAUGGUAGAGUUAUUGCUGUUAAGCAGCUUUCAUCCAAAUCAAAACAAGGGAACCGCGAGUUUGUAAAUGAGAUAGGUAUGAUCUCUGGUUUACAACACCCAAAUCUUGUCAGACUAUAUGGAUGUUGUGCUGAAGGAAAUCAACUGCUACUGGUGUAUGAGUACUUGGAGAACAAUAGCCUCGCCCGUGCUUUAUUUGAUGCAGGUCCAGAAGAACAUCGGCUCAAAAUAGACUGGCCAACAAGGCAAAAAAUCUGCAUUGGGAUAGCAAAAGGCUUAGCUUUCCUACACGAAGAAUCGUCAUUAAAAAUUGUUCAUAGGGACAUCAAAGCAACAAAUGUACUACUUGACAAGAAACUAAACCCAAAGAUCUCAGACUUUGGUCUGGCCAAACUUGAUGAUGAGGAUAAAACACAUAUCAGCACUAGAGUUGCUGGAACCAUAGGAUAUAUGGCACCUGAAUAUGCACUAUGGGGCUGCUUAACCUACAAAGCAGAUGUCUACAGCUUUGGAGUGGUUGCGUUAGAGAUUGUUGCUGGGAAGAACAAUAUGACAUAUCGCCCCAAUGAGAAAUUUGUUUGCCUUCUAGAUUGGGCCCUUGUUCUACAAAGGCAAGGAAAAUUGAUGGAACUAGUAGAUGAAACAUUGGGUUCAGAUUUCAAGAAUGAUGAGGCUCUAAGAAUGAUAAACGUAGCUCUGUUAUGUACCAAUCCAUCUCCAGCACUUAGGCCAACUAUGUCUGCAGUAGCCAGUAUUCUUGAAGAUCAUAUUGAUCUUCCUGAGUUUAACUUGGAAUCGAGAUUCUAUGAUGAUGAUGAUCAUCUCAAGUUUCAAGGGUUAAGAGACAAGUACGAUGAGAUGCUGAGCUUGAGCCAAAGUCAAACACUUACUCAUUCAUCCAAUAUUACUGGACGAGAUUGCUCUUCUACCUCUCAAUCGGCUUAAAUUCGUAGUCACAUCAAUAUUGUGAAAGAAAGUGUAACAGAUUAUUUUAGGACUAUAUAUGUGAUGAGUGGUACUUCUUUCCGUCAA